AUGGGCACUUCUGCUGCUGAUGAUGACGCCUCUUCCGAAGUAGUGUCUUCUUCUUUCUUCUCCGCAAUUAAUAAAAUAGCCUCUUUUAUGCCUUCCAAACUUUCCUUCAAUUCAAGAACACAAUUUCCCUUGCACUUUCUCUCUUCCUUCUUCUUUGUUAUUGGUUGUUUUUCUUCAUUUUGUUUUUCAAAUACUUCAUUAUUUUUGUUAUUUUCAGACAUUUUUAAAUAAUU